AUGUCUGCAAAACCAAUUUGUCACCUGAGACCUGGGCAUCAUCCUCAGAUGCAGAGAAACACUCUCCUAGCCAACCUUGGUGGGUACAUUCACUGCGAACAUGACAGUUCCCUUCUGAUCUUAGAUAAAGAAAAAGACUUUGAAAAGCUCAAUUUAGACUGCAAAAGAGUUAAAGAGAAUGUUUUUGCUCUUCACCCAGUAGCAGGCACAGGAAUCUGGAGACAAAAGGUGGUGCUGGGGAUUAAGCCGGAGACCUCAGGCCUGCUAGGCUCCGCUCCCCACGGGCAAGAGAUCAGGAAAUUCCCACCGGAUAAGGUAUUUUUAACACACCAGAAAGAGUUUAAGAACGUGGGAGCUAAAAAGGAGCUGGAAGUGGGCACGAGAGAAACCAGCACGCUAGUCCCGGCUCGCGCCCAAGGGCUCCGGCCUGGGGCUGUCGCCUCGCAUCGCUGGGGUGCAGACGGGCACCCCGUAGCCCCUCUCCCGAGCCCCAGGAGCACCGAGCAGCAGCAACUGGACCCCCGCACAGGAAGUGGACCUCAGAAAAGAGAGCGCGCUCAGGAACGCGAGCCCGGGGAAGGCUGGCUGCAGGCGGCUGUGCGCGGAGCAGCGGGCAGAGGUGGGAGUGUGCACGAGGAAAACGGGGGCGGCAGCGGACAGAUGUCGCGACGGAUGAGACGAGAUGCUCCCGGGAGCAGCCGGCCGCGCCGCGGCAGAGGGGGACCCGCCUGGACCCGGCCCCCGCUUCCCACGCUCCCGCGCCUCCCGAAGUCCUACCGGUUUCCAGCUCAGGGACCAGCUGCGGCCGCCGCCGCCGCCUGCGCGAAACUCGGCUUCCCAGAAGCCGCUCUGGCCGCCGGCCGCGCGCCUCCCAGGCCGCGCCGGAUCCGCCGCUCCCCCUGCCGGCAGGCAGCCAUUUCCGACAGGCGACUGCGGAACUUGCCGAAGUGCGCCGGGCCGGAAAUGGCCGAAACGGUGUGGGCGAAACGUUCGGAGCUUUGCCGACUGCGCCCGAAGGCCGCCGCAGGGCUCACGGGGUCGAAGCCGCAGGGCCGGCGCGGGGGAUUGUGGGAAGCGCGGGGACAAGGGAGGACUGGGGGUCCCGCUCCGCGACUCGGGACCCGCGUGGAACUAACGCCGCCCCGCCGGCUCGGGAACCCUCAUCCGCGAGAGAGCUCCUACCCUGACAGCUCAUCUGCUUGGCUGGCCUCCAGCGGAGUGUGGCAGCAGCAGGCAGGAGCCUGGCAGUGUGGGAGGAGACCUGACAGGAGACAGGGAAGAAUUUCCAGGUGUUGGUUCAUCUCCAGGCUGGCUGGACAUGCAGAUACCUGCUCCCUAGAGGAGCCAGUCCUCUUAUGCAUUAAAGCAACUUAACACGUCGUUGCCCCUAAGAUCAACUUACUUGACUUUAACAAUAACCCAGCAUCACAAAGAAGUGGAU